AUGGAUAACAAUAUCCAGAAUAUAUUCUACCAGCACGGAGCGACCGGUGCGACGUUUAUCGUGGCCCUCAUUCUUGGCUUUGUGCUCGUUAUUCUGAUUGUGUGCUUCCUCAUCAGGAAGGGAAGGUGGAUCAAGUCUGUGUCCCCUGCUAACGAACAGAAGAUGCUAGCGAAAGGCCGAAAGGUAAUGAUGGACCCGAGAGCUGCUAUAAGGAAAGGUCUCAACACAAUCAAAGAUUUCAGCAUGCUUGCGUUGGACGAUAGCAUCGUGCUUGUCUUAGCAUUAAAAGACAAGCUUCAAAUGUUCAGAGAAGUUGACAACAUGGACAUCGUGUCUACAAACACUGUGGAACAGGAACUGGAGUCUGAACAGACUGAGGCGGCGACGGAGGCGAGCAUACUACUCGUGCACGGUCUACGUGACAACAGUGACAUCAGCAAGCAGACAGCGGACAGGGUGGUCGGCGACUUACACACCCGACUGAAGACUCUCGACAAGAAACUCGACAUUGAAUACAAGAAAGACCUGGAGGAGGUCUAUGUGGAUCUCAGUGCUAAAAACAAGGAAAAAUGUGGUGAAUUGAUGACUCUGCAUCGAAAGCAAAAAGCGGAAGCUCAACAAAAGGUGACAGACGUACCUGAAGAGGAUAAGAAUUCCUACCUCAAAGUGCUUGAAGAACAACAGCAGAUAGAAGAAAAUGAAUUAAUGUAUGUCCUGGCUCUGGAGCAGAAUGAAGAGGCAGAAAAAUUACGAAAGGAGUAUGCCAUCAAGAAGAGAAUGGGCAGUAAGGAGGUUCAGCAGACUCUGCUCGACGACACGGUCGCCCAGGGUCAGCUGAGACAGGAGCAGGCGGAGUGGUUGAUGAAGGAACACAAGCGGCAGCAGGAAGCCAUCCACCGGAUGUACGACGAGGAGAUCUCACAACAGAGGAUCGUCCUGGAGGAAAAACUGGCCAGGAGGAAGGCACUGGCACAAAUGAGUGAAUCCCAAGAGAAUGACCACACGGAUGUUCUGAACACCAUGGCCUCACACCAACUGACUGCCAUAAACAAGAUGAAACGACAAGGUGUACUAGAACCAUAUGAUGCCCAACAGCUGCAGACAAAGGUAACACAGGAGAUGUUGGACGUUGAGACACGGAGAAAGGCAGAGAUGAAGAGACAAGAAGAGGAACUUCAUAAAAGACUGAGUCAACAGAAGAAACAGAGACUGGCUGAAAAAAAACAGGAUAAAGAAUAUCAAAAGAAGUUAGCCAUGAUAAAGCAGAAGCUGUCUGAAAUGAGGAAGGAGAACCAAGACAAAGCCGUGCAGAUGGAAGCUGGUGAAUCAUCAGUUGGAACAGCUGACCCAGAGUCAUACGUACAGGGCUUACUUCAACUGAAGUCCCAACAUCGCAGUGAGCUCAGUGGGCUAGAGAACGAGAUAGAUGCAGAACAUGCACAGGAGCUCGCUAAGGUUCGCGACAAAGUCAACGAGAAUGCCAAGAAUGAGCUCAAAGUAAUCGAGGACAAUCUGCUGCAGAAACUCCAAGAAGAAGGCAUGACCCAGGGUCAGGUCAAUAAGCUGAUGCAUCAACACGAGAAGGAGAUGUCGGACCUGGAGGCGAUACAGCAGGAGAGCCGCAAGAAGCAGGCGAGGAAGCUGAAGGAAGACCUGGCUCGCAAGAAACUCGAGUGGGAGCAGCAGAAAAUCCGGGAGAAAACUGAGCAGGCAGAACUGCGGGAUCACGAGAUCAAGCUGGCCAACAAGCUGAUAAACAGCCAGGUGUCGAUCUCGGAGGAGGAGCGGAACCGCAUCCUGAAGGAGCACGAGCUGCAGAUGGUGAAGCUGGAGAACAGCCUGACGCUGAACAAACUGAGACAGAAACGCAUGCUGGAGGACCGGCUCAGUCAGAGGAAGGCUCAGCAGCUCCACGAGCUGCAGGUAGCUGAGGCCAAGAAACGUCCCAAAUCUUCCCAGGCUAAAGACGACAGCCUCGAUGAAGAUGUCAACCAGCGGAAACAGCUAAUGCUGUUAAAGAAGCAAGCUGAGCAGAAGAUAGCUAUUCUCCAAGGUCAGAAGCUUGACCUUGACGAUGAACUUGAGCAGAUCCAGAUGGAGAUGAUAAAAGAGCGAGCCAUGGCUCUGAGAGAGCAGGAGGAGAGACUGGGAGCCAUGAUCACAGCCUUGCAGAUGGAGAGGGCACGAGAGCUUGCCAAAAUAGAAGAACAACAGAAUGCGAUUAAUAACCUGAAGGCCAAUCUGAUGGACGACCUGACUGACCGAGGGAUACUCACGACACCGGAGUGUGAGCAGAUUAUAGCCAGACACAAAGAGGAACAAGAUCGGUUAAACAAGAAUCUGGAGACACAGAGAAUGAAACAAGAGCAGAUUAUGCGUCAGAAACUGGCCGACAGGUUGAAGCAGCGUGAGGUGUCUCUGAUUACCAAACAGGAGCGUGAGAUGCAGGAAGUCAUCGGAGCCAGCACCAACAAGACAGCCGCCAAGAUCAGGAAGACCAUGCUCAUGCAUAAACAUAUGAUAGAGAUGGAACAGUUCAGAAACCAGUCUGACCGCGAGGUGAGCCAGUUCCUGGAAGACAUGAGACGUCAGUAUGAGGUGAACAAACUCAAGAAGAUACAGGAACAGGAGCUUCAGUUUAUCUCUGGGUUGGUCAAAGUCGGCAGUUUUAAGAAGGAUGACCUAGUUCAUGUGUUGCAUAUGCUCUUCCCUGGAAAGACUUCUGAAGAUAUCAAAGAAAUCCUUGAAAAAAUCUACAACGAGAAAGAAGCUGCUAACCAGAGUGCCAAACAUCCUGAAAGUGACAACCCUGGUGCUAAAAGCCUGCUAACCGAGCGAGUCCAAGCAACACAGCUGUCGGAGAGAAGGAUGAGUCGACAGGGAUCCAGCCGAAAUCUCCUGGGAACUCCUGCCACACGGAAACGAUUUGGAUCAGGAAAGCAACGAAUCUCCAUUGGACAACUACAUGACUAUGACGAUGACGACGAUGAUGGGCCAGUGCCUUACAGAAGUCUGAACACAAAACCCAGCUAUCAGAACAGGCCUUUUGAAGACGACUACCUGCAUGGGAGAUCCACACCACUCAAACGCGAUUCCUUCGCCAGCUACGGCUACCACAACCCCGUGAUUAGCGAGGACGAUUACUACAAACCUAAACCAACGUACGAUGAAGUAGAUUUUGUCGGUAUGGGGGCUAGUGCUGGGUAUGAUGAAAAUAAUUCUCCAGAGCUGGGACGGAAAUUACCGCCUUUGCCACAACCUAAGCGGAAAAAGAAGAAAAAGCUGUUGAAACAAUUAGCACACCAUAAUGAUAAUGAGGAAUUGCUCUAGCAUCAGUUUAGAUUAUUUUAUUUACUAUUUAUUCAUAGUUUUAAUGCAGAUUUAUUUUUGCUAAAAAAAAAAUUACAUUAGGGAUAGUGAAACCUGUCUAAACCAGUCCCUGAAUAAACUGGAAUCCUGUCAAACCAGGCAAAGUUUCAUGGUCUCGAAUGUUCUAAUUUAUAAAAUGCCUUCUCUAAAUUUAACACCAGAUCCUGUCUAAAUUGAAUAAAUAUUUGGUCCCCGGCGAGGUAUAGACAAGCUUCAUUGUAUUAUUAUUUUUGGGAAAAAUUUAGAUUUUUUUUAUUAGAUUAAUUCCUAUUUUUUGUCAAAACAAAGUUUUAGAUUUAUAUUAUUUAUAGUAAAAAUGAAGUUUUUACACUUAAUAAGAUUUGUUUUAAUUUUGUCUUAUAAAACAAAUCUGUUAUAAGAAUUUUGCCACCAGAUUACAAUUUUAUCUGGUCGGUAAUGUUUCAUUAUUGUUUUAUCAAGCAUAUAUUUUGUCACUUAAAUUCCAUAUACAUUUAUACAAAAAGUAAAAGUUUAUUAUAUGGAAUCGCAGUAACUUUUGGCACAUUCAUGUGCAAGGUAAGUAAGCAAUGAACUUGUCAUUUACCUCACAAUUUAAACCAAAGAACAUGCUUACUAUCAUGUUAACAUUGACGUUUUGGAAGAAUCAUGAUCUCCCACUCCACCUUCCCCCAUCCUGAUAAAACCUUUUCCUAUAUACUGACCGAGGGAUUAGGAUCUAUGGUCCAAUGCUGUCUGAGUUACCGGUACUUCAUCACACCUUUUCAAACAAUUUGUGCUAAACAGUUUAUAAUGCUCAAUGUGAAUUAUACCCCCUCCAUUUUUAUUAUUAUUAUUUUUUAAACAGUGGACAGAAUUAUUACAAAUAUUUCAGUUUGACAAAGAACUGAAAUAAUACAGAUGAAAAUCUACAUAUUUCUGUUUGAAUGACUAACCUAUCAUUGUUGAGAGAACUCCGGUAAUUCUGAACUGGAAAUUUUGCAGAAUGUGAUGCUGGACAGCCAUAAUAGUGUUUUUAUUUUUAUUUUUGCUCAAUAUUUGCUCAUUGUUAUAUCAACAAUAUUUAACUAUAGUUAGUUAAGCAUUUAAUCAGUCUUUGAUAUAUACAUUUCUUAAAUGUGGAAUAGUGUAGCCAAUAUUCACUACAGGAAUGCUCCAUUUAAAUAAGACCAAAUUUGAACAUUAAACACUAUUUUUAUUCCAUUGUGAUAUUUUACAUUCUUUUAAUGUUACUGUUUUAUACUUGAUGUUUAUACAAUGGUAAGAUAUUCUUUUAAUGUUAAUUAUUAUAUGUUUUAUAUACUUUCAUGUUUAUACAAACUUGAACCAUUUUAACCAAGUGUCCAACAAUAUUUUUACAUUUGCAUUAUCGGUAGAUUGUUUGUGAUUCACUUUGAAAUUAGCUUUUACUUGAAGAUACUGUCAUUUAGUUUUUAAUCGUUUUAAUUACUACCUGUACAUGCAUGCAUGAUAUAUGAAAAAUUUAACAUAAUUACUUAAUUUUUUUAAAUGUUGUAUUUGUUUUCUUGAUUAUUAGAAAUUUUGCAAAAACAUGCUUAAAUUGACUUCUACAUAAUAUGACAAUUAAUUCAAGAAUCUAUUUUUUUGUGAUCAAAAUAACAUAAAUCACAUAAUAUUAAAUAAUACAAAUGGAGUUCUAGUUUGUACAUUAUUUUCAUGAUAAAAUCUAUGGUGAAAUCUAGUUUCUAAAUUUAUGUCUUAUUCAAUCAUUCCAGUUUAUUGUGGUCAAAAUAACAUACAUUGCUGAUGUAAUACUUUGUAUAGAAAUCGGAAUACCAUGUGAAUUUCUUUUUGUUCUUUAAUUUAUAAAUUUAUAUAUAUACAACAAUGUACAGAUGUACAGGUAUAUGUACCAUUUGUCAUUUUUUUUAAAUUUAGGUUUACGUUUGAAGGAAUAACCAGGUAACAGAAAAGCAAAGACACUUUCAUGACUGGUUGUACCAAGGCACAUAUUACAUGGCAAUUUUCUUCCCAUAAAUCUAAAAGAAAUGACCAACAAUUAUUAUUCUUAGUAAUAAUAAUAAAUAUACAUUUAAAACUUUUGUCAUCCGAAUCAUUUUGUAGCAUAUUAUGCAAUUUAGCUAUACAGGUACAUGUAGUACUAAACCAAAUAACUUCCGACUGGGUCAAAAUUAGAAGUGUACCCAACUUUUGAUAGAGAAGCAAACACCACAAGUCCUGUGAUUGGUUAGAAAUGUGAGUGUGUUGGUUGUAAAAAAAAAAAGUUUCAUCUGGGCUAAAAAUAUAUGGAAUUUUAUUUCAUCUAGUACUACUGUGUCAAGUAACUUUGUGCUUGGAACAUGUAUGGGGUACCUGUAAAAAAAAAAGUACUCAAAUUUUAUGCGGAAUUAGAUUAGUCGUAGACGCUACCCAUUAUCUCAGAAAUGAGCAGCUUGACCCCCAAUAUUUUCUGAUUCACUUUAAGGAUGAGGGAUGGUAGUAUUUAUAUCUGUGGUGUUUAUGUCAAUUGAUACGCUGCAGGUAGGAGUUUUAGCCACACGUUACUAUUGUCAUCUGUUAUUUGAUUUGGUAGUAUACACCCUAUAUGUAUUGUCUUUUUACUUGUAAAAAUGUGUCCAAUAUGCAUUUCAGGUCAUGUCCUAUCUGUGAUACUAAAGUAUAUAAUAAUAUUUACUGUUAUGUACAAGAUGAGAAGUCAUUGUAUUAUAAAUCAUAUAACAUUAAAUAAUACAAAUGGAAGUCCUAGUGUGUACCUUAUUUUCAUGAUGAAAUCUAUGGUCAAAUCUAGUUUCUAAAUGUAUGUGUUACUCAGUCAUUCCAGUUGAUUGUGGUAGGCAGUGUUGAUAUUCAGAUGUGGGGAUUAGUUAUGUUGUGUGGUACCUGUAUGUAUAUGCACCUGUAUAUGAAAAUAAUUGCAUGACAAUUCAAUAACAAGGAAAAAACAAGAAAGAAAUGUUUUAUUUAACGACACACUCAACACAUUUUAUUUACAGUUAUAUAGCAUCAGACAUA